AUGGAAGCAAGCUUUGGCGGUACGCCCUCGCUGCAUCGGGAGAUCUCAUCGGUCUGGCGCUCCUCCCGUCCGCCGCCCGAGGUCACCGCCCUUGUCUCGUCCAUGGAGGCCAUCCAAUCAUCGGUCUCGUCGACCUUGGCCUCUUCAGCCGCCCGCUCGCGGGUUGAGGGCGCCCGGCUCGCUACGCUGGUACGAUCGCUCAAGGACGAUCUGGCGGCUGCAGCUGCAGCGGCUCAGCAGGCCGACUCUGAGAAUGCGAGUCUCUCCGCUGACGCCGCCGCUGCCCGAGAUGCGGCGGCGGCGGCCGAGGCCGCUGCUGGCAGGAUGGACGGUCAGCUCAAGGCGGCGCACGCGCGGAUAAGCGGGCUGGAGGAUGCGCUGGACGAGGCCCGCCGCGAGGCUGCCGAGCUCCGCGAUGCCAACCGCGAGCUCGAGUCGGAGCUCCGCGCCACUGUCGGUCCGCUGCGCGAGGAGGUGAGGACGCUCGAGGCUCGCGCAGCCCAAUGGCAGAACGAGUCGCGCGAGGCCGUGCGGGCACUGGAGGCGGCCGGGCAGAGGCAAAAGGCAAAGGCGGCCGACGAGCGCCGCGCCGCCGCAGACGCGGCUGCCGCCGCAGAGUCUGCCUCGCUGGGAGCUGCCAACUCGGACUUGCAUGCACAGCUGACAAGCGCACAGGACGCGCUACAUGAGGCGCGGAUGAGCGCAGCCAACUCGUCGGCGUUGUGCGCCGCCGAAGCCGCCCGUGACGCCGCCCGCGCCGAGGCUAGCCAGUCUGCGGCGGCGCUCGCUGCACUGCGCUCGGAGCGGUCCGACGCCCAGGCCCGGCUUUCGGCCUGCGAGGCCGCGCUCGACCGGGCGCGCGCCGAGGCCGAGACGAUGCGCUCGCAGCUGACAGCGUCCAAGGCACGCAACGAUGAGCUCGCACGUGAGAUGCAGCGCGCGGUGGAGAAGGCGCGGGUGGCAGCAGCGGCCGAGGCUCGGGCUGCCGACGCCGCCUCGGCGGCCAAGAUAGCGGCCGACGGCUCGCGCUCACGUGCCGACGCGCUGGCCAACGAGCGCGACGCCGCCCGUGCCGCCGCCGACGCCGCCUCGGCCGACGCCCGAGCUGCCAAGUCAGAGGCAUCGGCAGCAUCGGCAGCCGCCGCCGCCGACGCUGCCCGGCUCGCCGACGCCCAUGCCCGCAUCGAACGCAUGGCGGCCGACGCCGCCCGCGACCGGGCCUCGCUCAACGAGGCUGCUGACGAGGUGCGCCAGCUCCGCGACGCGCUGGCCCGGGCCAAGGUCCAGAUCGAGCAGCGCGACGUGGCUGUCGCCGAGCUUGCUGCCUUUUGCGACCAGUACAACACCUCUGUUGAGGCGUUGUCGUCGGAACGCGAGUCGCUGGCGUCGGCGGCGUCCGAGGCGAGGCGCGAGGCUGCCACAUCGUCAGCCCUGUUGGCCGAGCGGACCGACGAGCUUGCGUACGCCAACGCCAACGUCGCGCGCAUGCGCCAGGUCAUUGCCCGGCUCAAGGCCUCGGUCGGCUCGCAGAUCGAGGCCAUCAUCACCGACGUUGAGUCGUCGCCGUCGCCGUAAAACCGCAGUCGG